AAAAGCUUCCAGCCAAACAGCAUUGAACUUGAAGAUACAACCUGACAGCACAGCCUGAGAUCUUGGGGAUCCCUCAGCCCAACACCCACAGACGUUAGCUGGUGGAUUCCCGCUGCAUCAAGGCCUACCCACUGUCUCCAUGCUGGGCUCUCCCUGCCUUCUGUGGCUCCUGGCCGUGACCUUCUUGGUUCCCAGUGCUCAGCCCUUGGCCCCUCAAGACUUUGAAGAAGAGGAGGAAGAUGAGACUGAGACGGCGUGGCCUCCUUUGCCGGCUGUCCCCUGCGACUACGACCACUGCCGACACCUGCAGGUGCCCUGCAAGGAGCUACAGAGGGCCGGGCCGGCGGCCUGCCUGUGCCCAGGACUCUCCAGCCCUGCCCAGCCGCCCGACCCGCCGCGCAUGGGAGAAGUGCGCAUUGCGGCUGAAGAGGGCCGCGCAGUGGUCCACUGGUGUGCCCCCUACUCCCCGGUCCUCCACUACUGGCUGCUGCUUUGGGACGGCAGCGAGGCUGCGCAGAAGGGGCCCCCGCUGAACGCUACGGUCCGCAGAGCCGAACUGAAGGGGCUGAAGCCAGGGGGCGUUUAUGUCGUUUGCGUGGUGGCCGCUAACGAGGCCGGGGCAAGCCGCGUGCCCCAGGCUGGAGGAGAGGGCCUCGAGGGGGCCGACAUCCCUGCCUUCGGGCCUUGCAGCCGCCUUGCGGUGCCGCCCAACCCCCGCACUCUGGUCCACGCGGCCGUCGGGGUGGGCACUGCCCUGGCCCUGCUGAGCUGUGCCGCCCUGGUGUGGCACUUCUGCCUGCGCGAUCGCUGGGGUUGCCCGCGCCGAGCCGCCGCUCGAGCCGCAGGGGCGCUCUGAAAGGGGCUUGGGGGCAUCUCGGGCACAGACAGCCGCACCUGGGGCGCUCAGCCCGGCCCCCGGGAAAGAGGAGAACCCGCUGCCUCCAGGGAGGGCUGGACGGCGAGCUGGCAGCCAGCCCCAGGCUCCAGGGCCACGGCGGAGUCAUGGCUCUCCGGGCUGAGCGCUUGUUUAGGUCCUGGACUUGGCGCUUUGUUUCCUGGCUGAGGUCUGGGAAGGAAUAGAAAGGGGCCCCCAAUUUUUUCUUAAGCAGCCAGAUAAUAAAUAAUGUAACCUUUGCGGUUUAAGAGGAUAAAAUGGAGGAUAUUAUUAUGUGGGUACUUAUAUGUCCUUUGUAACCAUUUAAAAAUGUAAAAACUACCCGACAUAAUAAUGCGAACCUGUAGUAGCAACUACUCCAGAGGCUGAAAUGGGAGGAUCUCUUGAGCCCAGGAGUUUGAGUCCAGUCCAGCCAGGGCAACAUAGCCAGACACACUUGUUUAUCAUUUUGUUUUGUUUUGGUUUUUUGUUUUUUGAGAAGGAGUUUCCCUCUGUCACACAGGCUGGAGUGCAAUGGCGCCAUCUCAGCUCACUGCAACGUCCACCCCACGGGUUCAAGCGAUUCUCCUGCCUCAGCAUCCUAAGUAGUUGGGAUUACAGGUGCCCACCACGAUGCCCGGCUAAUUUUUGUGUUUUUUUAGUAGAGACAGGGUUUCACCAUGUUGUCAGGCUGGUCUCAAACUCUUGACUUCAGGUACUCCACCUGCCUUGGUCUCUCAAAGUGCUGGGAUUACAGGCAUAAGCCACCGUACCCAGGCAGACCCCCUUCUUUAAAGAUGUAAAAACUGGGCGGGCGCGGUGGCUCACGCCUGUAAUCCCAGCACUUUGGGAGGCCGAGGCCAGCAGAUCACGAAGUCAGGAGGUCGAGACCAUCCUGGCUAACACGGUGAAACCCCAUCUCUACUAAAAAUACAAAAAUUAGCCGGGCAUGAUGGUGGGUUCCUGUAGUCCCAGCUACUAGGGAAGCUGAGGCAGGACAAUGGCGUGAACCCAGGAGGCGGAGCUUGCGGUGAGCGGAGAUCGUGCCACUGCACUCCAGACUGGGCGACAGAGCAAGACUCCCUCUCAAAAGAAAAAGAAAAAAUAUGUAAAAACCAUUCUUAGUUUGUGGGCCUUACAAAUCAGGCCACUGGCCCGUUGCUUGUAGUUAGUUGAUCCAUGUCAUGCACCCUCAAAACGGCUCUGUCACUGUGAACGGCUUCAGUGGGAUUUUGAGAAUAAGUUUAUAUUCUUGCUAGGUAAAAACAAAACAAAAAUGACAGUAAUACCAAGGAAUUUCUCCCCCCUUUUUCCUUCCAUUUGUAUUUAUUGCAUAUCCACUGUAACAACAUUAAGGGACCUUUAAAAGGAAGUAAUUUUUAUUGUUUAUGAUCCCUUUCAAGUCACUGUCCACACACCCUUUUUCAGAGUAAUAUACAUACUUUUGUUUUUUUUUUUUUUUUGAGACAG